CAAUCACGGAUAGAUCCCUCCCCGCCGGCUCGGGCCAACUCCGCCUGCCGAAUCGUCCACGUCCAGGACUGCGAUUAUUACUGAUUCCGGUUGUCGAGGGCAGCUCUCCUGCGUGGGGCUGCGAACACCACGGGACUGCGGGCAGCGCCUGGACUUUGUCAACUCUGCUGCGCCGAGUCGAAAUCGUUACACUCGUUUCCGCAAGCCCACGGAAGCAUCUAGCAAGGUCAUCCCCGGCUCUAUGAGCACAACGCACCACGACGGUCACGUCAGUCUCUGCGGUCGACGUCAGUUCUGCAUCCACCACGUGUAGCCCGUAGCACGGCCGUCGACCUCCAAAAGUUCGGCGCCUCGUCAUCUCCUCGGAGCUUCGUCCAGUCUGGCCGUCGGGUCGGACACUAAUUGCCUUUACCCCUGCCAGCCUGGCUCGCCGCCACGCCGCGCUUCACCCCUUGGGCCCUCAUUUUAGAGCUGCCUGUCGCAAUGGCCUCCGGCGCCUCUGUUCCGCCACCCACUUCCACGUCUCUCCACCCAGCUCUUAGUACCCCAUCCUCGCUGGAGCCGAAUAAUAAAAGCAGUGCGCCCGACCGCCCCAGCACUUCCGACUCUGGUCCCCGGCUUUGCGUCAACACGGUCAAGGCCACGAGAAGCGCCGAUGACCCGCGCACGCCCUCCUCCGCCGUUCCCGCUCUAGGUGGGACUUACUCCUCGGCCUCGGAUUCCGCCUGGCCAUCGCAUCCACGAGCCGCUGGCGCCGCGCCUUAUCAGGGCCACCGCCGCAGCGCCCCGUCCCACGACUCGGUUCCCCGCCAAACCAUCAUCAAGGCCCUCGCCUCGGUCGCUCGCAAUAACAAGCCAGAGGCGCUCUCCCUCAACGACAUGCUCGCAUCUCAGAGCAACAACGGGGCCGUCCCCCCCGGCUCCGCCGCGUCGUCGCAGAUGCUGGCCGAUGCGCUGCAGGACCUGGCCCGGCGACAGUCCACUCCCACCACGGCGCUCACUGCGCUGCAGUCGCCUUGCUUCUACCACCAGAGGUUUGACGACGCCGUCGACAUCGCCAAGGUUCUCGAGGAGAUCAAGAAUGACGAGUCCAUGUCACAUUCACGCCUCGUCCAGACUGCGACGGGAGUCCGCGAGGUUUCAAAGCAGCUCCAGCGCCGGCCAAUCAAGCGUGCAGUCCGCAGCGUCAUGAUCGUCACCAAAGCCCGAGAUAACCAGCUGGUCCACCUUACCCGCGAGCUUGCCUCGUGGCUCCUGCGCACACCCCGAUACGGCUCGGAUGUCGGUGUCAAUGUCUAUGUCGAUGCCAAGCUGCGCAGCUCGAAGCGCUUCAACUCGGCGAGCAUAGUGGCCGAGGAUCCGCGGUUCGAACACAUGCUCAAGUACUGGACCCCAGACUUGUGCUGGAACCAGCCCGACAAGUUUGAUCUUGUCCUCACACUCGGAGGCGACGGCACCGUGCUCUUCACGUCGUGGCUCUUUCAGCGAGUCGUCCCGCCCGUCCUCUCCUUCAGCCUCGGCAGCCUGGGCUUCAUGACGACGUUCGAGUUCGAAAAGUACAAGGAGCACCUCACUCGCGUCAUGGGCGAUGACGGCAUGAAGAUUAAUCUUCGCAUGCGAUUUACCUGUACGGUCUGGCGGCACGACGCCCGCGGCCAUCAGAUGGACGAGGGUGAGCAGUUUGAGGUGCUCAACGAGCUGGUUAUUGAUCGCGGCCCGUCGCCAUACGUGUCGAACCUGGAGCUGUACGGCGACGAUGAGCUCCUCACCGUGGUUCAGGCUGACGGCUGCAUCUUCUCCACACCCACGGGGUCGACAGCCUAUUCUCUUUCGGCGGGGGGCUCGCUCGUGCAUCCAGACAUCCCGGCAAUUCUCCUCACCCCAAUCUGCCCGCAUACCCUGUCCUUCCGGCCAAUGGUGCUCUCAGACACCAUGGCCCUUCGCGUGGCCGUGCCUCGGAACUCGCGGGCGACUGCCUACUGCGCAUUCGACGGAAAAGGGCGCAUCGAGCUGCGCCAGGGGGACCAUGUCACCAUCACGGCUUCUCAAUACCCAUUCCCCACAGUUACCCGCACCGACACCGAAUGGUUCGACAGCGUCAGCCGGACCCUGCGAUGGAACGUCCGCGCCGCAGCCCAGAAGCCCUUCGACGCAGGCUCGGUUGCCGACGGCGUUCCGUCCAAUGACGAGGGCGAGGACACGUGCUGGGACAUUGACACGGACAGCGCCUACUACCCCAGCGAGGAGGGCAGCGUGAGCGCGAGCCCCAUUAGACGCCAGAUGAGCAUGCUGGGCCUUUGAGCAAGAGCCCACCCUGACGACGGCAAUGACACAUGACGAACUAGAUCAUCUAUCAUCCAUCAUUACUUAGUAGAGCAUACGGAGUUUGCAGGAGUUUUGGACAGCACAGCUGAUCUUUGGGCGGUUGCUUGUGUGGCGAGCAUCUGGGUUGGCCCUCUCCUCUUUUUUGGUUUAUGGCAUACUUCAUAGGGCGUGGUGGACAUAGAGAGAUGGAGACAUCCUCGCGCAGGCUUACGACCGACCUUGCUGGGUCUGGAUGCACUCCAGAGAAGAUUCAUAUAUUUAAUUACAAAGUAAAAGCCUACACGGUCUUGCCUACCCAGCAAUGCGCAGUGUCCCAACUUGAAGCAGCGCGUCACCCGCGGGAACUGAUGGCUGCGUCGCCUGUCUCCACGCUGACCGAGCGAGGGCAGCAUUUAUACCAGAUACCAGAACGCGAGCACGCGCGAGGAAGGCCGACGGGAAGAAGCAGUUGGAGAGUGUGCGAGAGAGAUG